CAAUGUCUUUGGGGCCCCUGCGGGUACCCACUACAAGAUUGCACCCCUUCCGGUCUCAGCCGGCACCUCAAAGAAUAUCAUUUCGAUGAUGUCAUCAAUUUAUGGGACGAUCGAAGCCGAGGUCUCUGCCAAUGGUCAGCAUAUGGAGUUCCGUGCGGCAAGGAGAUGCUCUACGAGGGCUACGGCAAGCACAUCGCGACGGUCCACUUGGGCAGCAUUUCGCGCAUAUGCCCUCGUUGUGAUCACAAGUUUGCGAGGAUGGACUCGUUGCAGAGGCAUCUGCGCCAG